GGUUCUUUUUCGUGUUUACGACUGACAAACGCCCAUCGGUCAAGAUGGAUUCGUGGAGAUAUUUUGGAAGUUUUAUGGUCCUCUGGGCCUUGUUUUUCCAUAACAUCCAAUGCGCAGAGGAGAGAAUUGUCAGGUACGGGGAUGAAAGACCGAGGAAACUUGAACCGAAAGAAAAAUGGAUAAAAUUAGGGCAGGAAGACCUUUACAAAUCUCUCCGCCAGGUGGACAAUUAUGGCGUGGCCAAGAACCUCAUUCUUUGUAUUGGUGAUGGCAUGGGCCUCCCCUCUAUCACCGCAAUGAGGAUCCUGAAGGGACAGCAGAAGGGAAACCCAGGCGAGGAAGGGUGGCUCAACUUUGAGAAGUUUCCUUCGAUGGGCCUAGCAAAGACCUACGCCACAGACCGUCAAAUCUCCGAGUCAGGAUCGACCGGUUCCUCCAUCCAGACGGGAGUGAAGACGAGGUACAACGUGAUAGGCUUCGACGACACGGUGGAGUGGCAGAACUGCUCCACGGAGACACCCGAGGCGGAGGUGUCCUCCUUACGCGACUGGGCGGAAGAAGCAGGCAAGUCUACGGGCUUCGUAACAACCGCCCGGGUCUACCACGCCACACCGGCUGGAUCUUAUGCCAAGAGUUGUUCUCGUAAGUGGGAGGAUGACAGCGACCUGCCCGCCGAUGCUAAAGGAAAAUGUAAAGAUCUGGCCGCUCAAUUGAUUGGGAGGGGUAAGAAUAUAAACGUGAUAUUAGGUGGAGGUCGGCGCGGUCUUAUGCCUGACACGGUGGCGGACCCAGAGUACAAAGACAAGAAUGGCACUAGGUUAGACGGGAGGAAUCUGAUUGAGGAGUGGAAAAAGGACAAAGCAGACAGGAACAAAGAGGCCAAAUAUGUCUGGAACAAAGACGAGUUUGACAAGGUGGACAUCUCGAAAACGGAUUAUCUGAUGGGACUAUUCGAGCGAUCUCACAUGCAGUAUGAAAUUGACCGGGAUAAAAAGAAGGAACCGAGUAUUGCUGAGAUGACAGAUAAAGCCAUUAGGAUGUUGCAGAAAAAUGACAAGGGUUUCUUUCUGUUGCUUGAAGGUGCACGAAUUGAUAUGGCCCAUCACGAAGGAAAGGCUAGAAAGGCGAUAGAGGACGGAGUGGCUUUCGAUGAGGCUGUGGGUGUGGCCCUUAAUCUGACCGACCCCAAGGACACUCUCAUUGUUGUGACCGCCGACCACUCUCAUGUAUUCAUGAUGGGUGGAUACCCGCCAAGAGGCAACCCUAUCUUCGGGCUGACGACUGCUCUCCCAGGAGAAGACAAGGAGCCGGCUACAGACAAAAUGCCUUACACCACCAUUGUAUAUGGUAACGGGCCUGGGUAUGUGAUCGGACCUGGAGGAGGGAGAACCAACAUCACCAUGACCAAUACAUCGGAUCCGAAUUUCAAGGCCCAGGCCCCUGUUCCUGUCCCUGACGAGACCCACAGCGGAGAAGACGUGCCCAUCUACGCCCUGGGACCAAUGGCGCACCUGUUUCACGGUCUCCACGACAACUCCUACAUCAGUCACGUGAUGAGUUACGCCGCCUGCAUUGGCCCAAACAAGGGCCAUUGCGAGAGGCCAGAGACUAUAAAGAUUCCUGUCGCAUUGACAUGUUCGACUGAAGCAAAAGAUGAACCAAAAAUCAUUUCGGCAGUUGGGUGUAGUCCCGAGUUCUCAGCAGUUCUGUUGUCUGCGUGCGUAUUACUCGGACAGUUGAUCUUUUAACUCAGUGAAUUUUAGAUUAGGCAUCACCAGUUUUUCAUACAAUCUUUGCGUUCUUCCGUGAUAGGGGUAAUUGAGAGGGGGGGGGGGGGGUUACAUCGUGAGGCUCUGUGAUGAUAUCUGGCACAGGAAUCCAAAUGAAUGGAUAUAUUUAAACGUGUAGCAUGUAGAUACUUAGAUGUUAUUUCUUCUACAAUCUCUUUUACAUUCCUGGUUCAUCAUUAUUGACCACAACCAUGCAGCAAGUACAUUGAUACAUAAUAAAGUUUUAUACGUUUUUUCCGUGAUAAACCGUAAUCUAAAUCAUUUUGAUAUCAUGCUGGUGCUUGUUUCUUUACUAGACCAGUUGAUAUUACAAUUUCGCCGCCAUCGAAUACCAGUUCUUCUGUGAUACAAAUUUUGAAUUUUCUUUUGAUGUUCUAUAUUAUCUGAUAUGUACAUAAAAUGAAAAUAUGUUAUCAUGUAUUGAUUAUCAUCUUAGACUUUCUAUCUAAAGCACUGAAGCAUUCCUGGAUCGAAAAUGUUUCACCAAUGCCUGCAAGUUAUUGAAACAUUGUAUUUUGCGUUUAGCUUUACACGUUUCUCGUAAUAAAUUGUAAAAACACGUACCUGGGCAUUAUUCUCGUAGAAUCUUUCCUCCGCCCAGUUGCUAAGACAUUUUCCCCAUGUUUCAACGCCCAUCGCCCAUCGCCCACCGAGAUCCCCGUUCUCUGAAAAGAUGGAUAUGACUUCAUGACAUAUAUGUACAGGAAGUAAUGACUCUCCUGGCUGGUGGAUGCCAUUCUUCUUUGUUACAAAACAGACUCUGUACGCCCUAUUGUCACGAACUAUUCAGAGAGUUUGAUCGACGAAUUGG